AUGGCUCACGAAGCAGGCAUCGUUCGAUCAACACUGCGUCUAAUCGGCUCCCUGUUUCUGCCUCAAGAAUCCUCAAACUGCUCUUCGGAUCAUGAUACUCCAUCAGCUAAGGAGUUUUUAACACAUUUACAACCUUUUCAAGUCACAAUGAUUACAAUUUCCUCAGUAUCCACAUUAGUAGUUCUAGUAUUAUCCCUUAUUCAUUGGUAUUAUGUAUAUAAUUAUAUUUCAAUUGAAAAGCGGCGAAACAAAAUGUACUGGUUGAUAGCAGUGUUUCCGGUUGCUUGUAGCUGCUCAUUUAUAGCAAUGUGUGUUCCUCGAACUUCUCUAAUCCUCACAGCAAUCGGCAUUUUAUACUAUCUAAUGUGUCUUUUUGUUCUCGUCUCACUAGCCAGACAUUUAUUUGGAGGCCGAUCUUCAUUCUCCACAUGCUUACAGUAUGACAGUAGGCCCAUUGAUCUCCGAUCUCCCCCAUUCUGCUGUCUUGUUCCGUGUAUGCCGAAAAUUGAAAGCUCCGAAAAGAAUAUUAGACGAUUGGAAUGGUGCGUUCUACAAGCGCCGAUUGUCCGCGCGCUUCUCAUCUUCUCCGAUGUCAUCGCCGUCGCUGAAUUGCGCGAAGAAGCCACACCAUUUCUUCGCUAUUCCGACAUGACUUGUUUGUGCUCCCUUCUUCUCGCCAUAUUUGGUGUACAUACUCUAGCUCGUGUAACUUCUAAUAAGCUGUCAGCCUACUGUUUCAUGUCAAUGUUUCGUCUUGUCGAUAUUUCGCUUCUGUUUUUCUCCGCUCAACAGCCGAUGCUCUUCCAAAACAUUCUUCUCCGAUUCAAUUUGAUUUCAUGCGGGCCUCUGCUCAGCGCCCAAGAGAAUGCCUACUUUGUUUGUAAUUUUGUGAUCACGUGUGAGAUGCUUCUACUCAGUAUCUUUGCCACCUACCUUCUAGCUCCUCGUCAUAAUGCUAUGUUUGACGCGUACCGAAGCGGCGGAUCGGAUUCGGCGACACAAUCUUUGAAUAAUAAUGAUUCUUCUGUAUACAACGAAAUCUAA